UAUUACUAUUGAUUUUUAAUAACUUUGUUUAUAUUUUUUGUGUUCAUAUCUGUUUGGUCCACCACAAUUAUUUGGUGAGCCUUGAAUUCAUUAUAGACGUUAACUGUUUAUAUAUAUAUUCAUUUUUUUAUUACUCGGCACGCUAGUUCAUUUAUUUUUGUUUUUGCCAUCAUGAACUCUCCUGGUAAACUCAUUGAUAUAGAUAGUCCACUGAUCAACUCCUUGAACUCUUCACAAUCAGAAUAUAAUGCCUUAACCUCGAUCAACGCAAUUUCAGACUUAAGACUACCAACGUUCGGCGUUAAUAAUCCAAGAAUCUGGUUUGCACAAAUCGAAGCUUUGUUCAUGGCUAGAGGUAUGAAAUCUGAGGCAACAAAGUAUGCUUAUGUAGUUGGGGCACUCCAUAUUGAGAUUGCUGCGGAAGUCGGAGAUUUAAUCGAUCACGUGCCAGAAGCUGAACCGUAUGAUAAAAUAAAGACAGCCGUAAUCCAACGCACCUCAGUUUCAGACGAGAGAAGACUGCAGCAAUUGCUAACGUCUUGCGAAUUGGGGGACAAGAGACCCUCGCAAUUACUCCGACAUAUGAAACACUUAGCAGGGUCAUAUAAGGUAGACGAUGCAUUGCUUAAACAGAUGUGGUUUCAACAUUUACCACAGAACGUCACUCAAAUUCUCAGCGUAUCAGGAACUUCCGUCAAUCUCGACGAUCUAGCUGAUAUGGCUGACAAAAUGAUGGAGAUUUAUCCUGACAGCCAGCGUUUGAAUGUACUACAAACCUCUAGUAGAGACAUGAUUAGCCCAUCUAACAGCAUCCAACAACAAAUAACACAGUUAACACAGCAGCUAGCAGCACUGCAGGCGACUAUUUCCACCAUCCAUUCUCGACCUGCCAGAUCUACAUCCAGAAGAAGAUCAGUAUCCAGACAUCGUGUUAGGUCACCCAAACGAGCAGCCGGAAUUUUUUGGUAUCAUUCGAAUUAUGGUGAGAAAGCACGCCGUUGCACCAAACCGUGCAACUUUAAGACAAACAACCCAAACUCUCAGGGAGACGAAGUGGCCAGACAGUAAUGGCGGCAGCUGUUACUGGCCAACAUGUUAGCCGCCUAUUUCACGUCAGGGAUCGCAUUUCUGGCUCGGACUUUUUAGUCGAUACUGUAGCAGAAAUCAGCAUCAUCCCACUCCAUCUCUCCCGCAGACAACAGACAACAAGCACUAAACUGUCUCUAAUAGCGGCUAACGAAUCAGUUAUCAAAACUUACGGAGAGCAAUCCCUUAUAUUAGACCUCGGGCUACGCAGAAGAUUCACAUGGGUAUUCAUAGUUGCUCAAGUCAAACGACCCAUCCUCGGGGCUGAUUUUCUUAGUGCGCACAACCUGUUAGUAGAUAUGACCAACAAGAGACUAAUCGAUGUAAACACACGUUUACAGGUAAAUGGUACACUCUCCAACGACAACGAAAUCCAUGGUGUUCGAAUAAUGAAACCUGUGAACAACAUUUUCAACGAUAUUCUAACAGAAUACCAGUGCAUUACAAAAUCAGAUUACCAAACGGAAGGUAAUCCACAGCUGGUGCAACACCAUAUCACUACCACCGGACCACCCAUUCGCGCCAGGGCGAGGAGAUUACCACCAACAAAGUUGCAGACAGCUAAGAGAGAAUUUGAACACAUGAUGCAACUUGGUAUCAUCAGACCAUCUAAUAGUCCUUGGGCCUCGCCGUUGCACAUGAUACCAAAGAAAGACCAGGAUUGGCGUCCGUGUGGCGACUACCGCCGUCUGAAUAAUCAAACCAUCCCUGAUAGGUAUCCUAUCCCACAUAUACAUGACUUCUCGUUAAACUUACAUGGUAAAUGUAUUUUCUCGAAACUCGACCUCGUGCGUGCAUACCAUCAAAUUCCGAUGGCACCAGAAGACAUCGAGAAAACAGCCAUCAUCACACCCUUUGGUCUGUUUGAGUUUCUAAGAAUGCCAUUCGGAUUGAAAAAUGCAGCCCAGACAUUCCAACGAUUCAUGGAUGAGGUCACAAGAGGUUUAGACUUCGUCUUCGCCUACAUAGACGACGUUUUGAUCGCAAGCUCAUCAAUAGAAGAGCAUGUCCAGCAUGUUCAGAUCCUCUUUGAACGUUUUAAGCAACAUGGUGUUGUUAUCAAUCCUUCUAAAUGUAUAUUCGCCGUCCCAGUCUUAGAGUUUUUAGGACAUUACAUUGACUCUCAAGGCAUCAAACCACUCCCAGAAAAGGUUGAAGCUAUUACCAAUUACCCUGAACCAACUUCCAUAAAGUCAUUACGCCGUUUUCUCGGGACGUGCAAUUUCUACCGCCGAUUUCUACCAUGUUGUGCGGAUGUGCUACAGCCGUUAACUGAUUUACUGAAAAGUGACAAAAAAGGUACGAGGAAGGAAAAGAAUCAGGCAUUCAAGCUACCGCCUGACGCCAAAAUGGCAUUCGAAAAAGCAAAGUCCUUGAUAGCCAACGCCACCAUGUUACAACACCUCAAUACUGACCCCACAACUCAUUUGAUCCUAUGUACGGAUGCUUCACAAAAAGCCGUCGGGGCAGUAUUACAACAGCGGGUAAACAACACGAUUACCCCCAUCGCCUUUUUCUCCAAGAGAUUAUCACCAACACAAGAACGUUAUAGCACUUUUGGACGCGAACUCUUGGCUAUGUAUUUAGCGGUAAAACAUUUCAGUUUUCUGUUACAGGGUCGCGAUUUCAUCAUUAUGACGGAUCAUAAACCCCUUUGCCAUUCUUUUGGCACAUCGUAUGACAAACACUCGCCACGAGAAGCAAGACAACUUGAUUAUAUCUCCCAAUUUACUACAGACAUCAGGUUUAUCAAAGGUCACUCAAACAUUGUCGCUGAUGCACUACCUAGGAGGGAUAUCAAUAUGAUGGUACACAAUCAGGACAUCAGCCUUGAAACUUUGGCUAAACUUCAAGUAGACGAUGCAGAAUUGAAAGUCUGCAAAGAAAAGUCUAGCUUAAAUCUCAAACCUGUACCAAUUCCUCUUUCAGAUGCAUUCAUCAUGUGUGACACCUCAACAGGCAACAAUCGUCCGUUUGUCCCACAUGCCUGCAGACGAAAAAUAUUCCAGCACUUACACGGUCUUUCACAUCCAGGCAUCAGAGCAACAACAAGGCUCAUCACUGAACGUUUUGUGUGGCCGAAAAUCAACUCGGACGUUAAGCGUUGGACACGUAGCUGCCUCCAGUGUCAACGCAGCAAAAUACAAAAACAUACUAUCAGCCCGAUCGGCGAAUUUCCUAUUCCCGACAAACGUUUUCAACAUAUUCAUUUGGAUUUAGUUGGGCCACUGCCUCCGUCCAAUUCCUUUACCCACAUUCUCACCGCAGUAGACAGAUUUACAAGAUGGGCCAUAGCCUGCCCUAUAAAAGACACUUCGGCAGAAACAGUCGCUUCAGUCUUCCUCGAUCGCUGGAUAUCUAACUAUGGAGUGCCGGCAACAAUCACAACAGAUCGUGGUCCCCAAUUUCAAUCUGUCCUUUUUCAGGAGUUCACUAAACUUCUAGGCGUCAACCACAUUAAAACCACAGCUUACCACCCAGCAGCUAAUGGUUUGGUCGAAAGAUUUCACCGCCAAUUAAAAAGCUCGCUGAUGGCACAAGAUGAUACAACCAAAUGGAGUGACGCAUUACCACUCGUACUCCUGGGAAUACGUUCAACUAUAAAGGAAGAUAUAGGUUGUACAGCCGCCGAGCUAGUUUAUGGUACAACCCUUACAUUACCAGGUCAACUAGUAGACCCAAACACUUUAACACCAACAGAUCCAAGUCAUUUUGCUAGCCAACUGCUGCAAACCAUGAAACGAAUCAAAGCUAUACCGCCUCGUGAACAUAACAAUCGAAUACAACUCGACAAAAACCUAGAAACAUGCAAGUUUGUCUUCGUUCGAGUUGAUGCAGUUAAAAAGCCAUUGAAACAACCUUAUGAGGGACCAUAUCAAGUAAUUAAAAGAACGAACAAACACUUCAUAAUCAACAAGUGUGGAAAGAAAGAGACUAUCGCUAUCGAUAGAAUAAAGCCUGCAUUCUACGACACACAGCACGACAAAGAACAUACUAAUUCACUGAAUCAACCCCGUCCAACAACCAUCACUACAGCAGACAUGGAAGAAAAAUCGAGUAACAAACCUACUUGUUUAACGCGUUCAGGCAGAGCUGUAAAAAAACCCAAACGCUAUGUACAUUUCGCCGAAUAAAAAAGAAAUAGAAACAAGCAAUUAUCGAUGUACCAUACUACUAAAUUCAUCCGAUUUUUUCCAACAAAAUUUAUAAAUUUUUUUCACAGUGUACAUAACUAAUCACAUUUUUCCACAAUUACUCGUUUUGUCAGUUUUUUUAAAAAAAAAUUUUUUUCUUACAAUAAUAAACGAGUAAACUCUGUUUAGUUAUUCAUUUAUCGUACACAAACAUAAACAGUUCAAUUUUUUUGGGUCUUUAGCACUUUUGCAUAUUAUUAUUAUCAUUGUCAGCCAACCAAGGCGUUAAAUGACAGUGUCUUCAUUUUUUUGUGUGUGUGUGCCUAUUAUGCUAUGCUACAUCUCUACUACAUGUCAUACUCAUCUCCACAUUUUUUUUGGUUAUAACUGUAAAUAUUAUUUUUGUAUACAUGUAUAUAUCAUACCCUUACAUUUUUUCUAUUAUAACCAGUGUUACCUCCGGACACUCUGGGGGAGCUAUGUGGAGAUGGACCCGACAAGCUUAUUUUGUAAAUAGUUUUCAAUGUUAUUUACUUUGUCAACCUUACACUGUAUGUAUAUUUAACAUUAAAUGACUGUAACUGUUGUUUUAGUAAAUGACCUUGAACACACUUUCCGUUGUACUACUACAUUGCGUGACAUAUCGCUGCGGGCUAACAAAUACAAUGCUUCUCGCACAC